UCUACCGCAGCAGGCGACCCAACGGUACACGUGUGGUUAUGCCUCAGUUGUGUGCUAGCUCUCUCACGUUUUGCACAAGCCUUUUAAUUUACCGCUUGAAAAGUCUGAAAUUAUUGACAGUGAAAUUAAACGAAAAGUAUUCAAAUUGAUCGCUCUCACAUUGGCAAAUUAUCUGAACACGUGAGCAAAGGUUCCAAUUCGAUAUCGCCAGAGGAUGCUGUUCAGUGACGAUGAUGACCUGUCAAACGUGGUCUCAUGGUCCCCGGGGGAGCUAAUCGAUGCCAGCGAUGACUGUGGUAACGGGUUGGCCGUGGUGCUGCUCAACCGACCAAUACUGCUGCACAAGGAGUACUUCCGGUCGAUUUGGAACAGUGCGAAGGUACGAAUAACCGUUGACGGCGGAACGAACCGAUGGGUUGACUUUGUCAAGGAACAUCCCGGUGCGGAGCAUGACUUGAAGCCGCCGGAACUAGUGACGGGAGACUUUGACUCCUGCACGGAUGAAUCUUUGUCCUACGUGACUCGAUUGAAUUGCAGGAUCAUAAAAACGCCCGACCAGAACGCAACCGACUUCACCAAAUCCCUCAAGGCACUGCACAGCACCGGUCACGCUGCCCAAAUCGACCGCGUGCUCGUCCUGUGCGAAAGUUCCGGCCGGCUGGAUCAGAUCAUGGCGAACAUCAACACGCUCUUCCUGGCUCGCACCAUUCUUCCAAACGCCUCCGUUUUCCUGCGUUCAAGCAACUCCCUCAGCUGGCUUCUAACGCCCGGAAACCACGCAAUCAAGAUUCCGGCCCGGCUCGUCAACGAGCACAUCUGGUGCGCUCUGGUUCCGAUCGGCGCCCGGGCCACCUGCAGCACCAGCGGCCUCCGGUGGAACCUGGACAACCGGGUGAUGGAGUUUGGCAGCCUGGUGAGCACCUCCAACACGUACUCCGGCCAGGACGUGCAGAUCCGGACGGACGGUGCCGUACUGUGGUCGAUGGGCACGACGCCGAAGGACAUGUGACACGAGGUCGCGGACGACGACGCCGACGAGCGCCGUGGAUAGUAUUUUUUGCCUUUACACACACACACUGCACAUGGGAACGGAUUGUUGGUCUCUGUACUGCUACGAUAGUCUUUAUGUUUAAAACAUGGUUCUUUGAGAAUAAAAUUCUAUUGCUUUAGGAAUGUGAUAUAAAA